UCCAUGUCAAAAGUAGGAGGGGGAAAUGUGCGGGCAUGUAUAAUCGUAGUGCUAUUUGUAUUUAGUUUAAGCUUGAAAUAAUGCUGAAGUACUGAAGACAGGGUUCUGUGAAUUCCUGGUCGGAAAAUGGACGAGAAUGAAGCCAAGAUACACAUAUUUUUAAUUUGGAACGAUAAACUAGCGCGAACGUCGGUUUUAGUUAUUAUAAUACUGUGUCUGUUUUUGUCAAUAUCGUUAAGUUUCCUCUCCGGAAUUUUUGUGUUAGCAGCUUACAUUGGAGGUUUCAUAAUUUUUAAUUCCAUAUUCAACUACAGAUCUGAGGCUCCAAACUUAUUGUCACUAGUGACUGGAAAACAGCGGGGUACAGCUUCUGUACAGCCGUUAAAAGCAUGGUGUGCUGUGUGUGGUAGUGGGAAAUGUAAUCGGCAUCGUCCCAGCUCUAGCGCACAUGCUCAGCAACCAUGGAUUGGUUUAGAAGUCCCAGAUGAAAUUGAUGAAGCUAUUGAAGAUUUCCUGAACAAAACUUUAAAGGAGUUUGUAUAUUCAUGGUACAACAAUCUCUCAGCUGAUGAGACUUUUGUACUGGAACUAAGACAAAGUAUUCGUUAUGCUGCUAGUGUGUUACUUCGCAGAGGAUUGCAGGUAGAUUUGGCUCAUGUGAUUAUAAACAAGUUGAUCCCAGCUGGUCUGAGUCACUUGGAUGAUUAUCUGGGUGCUCUGCGGCUGUCCAGUAGACAGCGAAUGCCCUUGGAAAAGGCUGCCCUGCAGUAUCUAGGUCCCCGUGUCCAUCCUGCUGCCAGAAAUCGAGACAACGAACUAUCAUAUCUACGACAGCUAACAACUUUACUCCUUGUGCAGCUAUUGCCACCUAACCAACUGUACUGCAAGAACUUCAGUGUACUGAUUCGAGAGUUACUGAGUGGGUGGAUUCUCCUCCCAGUUACAGAUGUUUUAGCAGAUCCAGCAAUUGUGAACAGCUUGCUGUUGCUUCUUCUAGAUAAUUACACACUUUCUCAAUAUCCUGAUCGGCCUCCAACAAGAGUUGAGUUCCUGGCACGAUUUGUUUCAUCUGUACCUGUUUUCCAUGGUUCUGCCUUAAGACUAGAUCUGUCAAGUGUACUCAAAGACCAGUCUUUGCUGUAUCCCUUCAUGCAGUUUUUGAAGGGUGAGGGCUGUGUAAACAUCUUGCAGUUUUGUUUGGAUGUUGAAGAAUUCAAUCGCAAGAUGUUGACACCAGAUUUGAGUAAACAGGAUCUUGAGAAUCUGUAUGAGGAAGCUUGGGAUCUGUUCUCAGUGUACUUCAGUGUGGAAUCCCCAGAUAAGAUUCACUUCUCACAGCAGCUUGUCACUGAGAUGCAUACAGUUUUACAAGAACCAGCUGAAAACAUUAUAAAACUUCGUACUACACCACCACUGUUUCAAGCCUAUGAAUAUGCCUACAGUCUGCUGGAGAACUCACUUUGCCCCCUGUUUCAUGAAAGUGAUGAUUACUUCAUCUUCCUGUGUGGACAGAGGCUGCCUAGUGGUUAUAGUAAAAGUGGAUCAAGUUCUCCUAUGCUGCAAGGAUCUCCUGCUAAAGGAAGGUCAACAAAGAAGUGGAGUGAUGGUGGGGCAGUGGCUCGCCUGAGCAGUCGACUUCACAAAAUCAAGGGGGCACUGCGAGUGCAGCCUGUAGAGGGGCAUGCAUACGAUACUAAUUCAACACUGGAUUUGGCUGGGACUGAAUUUGCUGAGGAUCUUCAGUUAUCUGAUACAUCAGAAUCUUACAGAGAUCUUAGUGCUUGGAGAAUAUCAAUUCCAUGUGUGGAUUCUCGCCAGGAUGCAAACAACAAACCAUACCCAGUGUUUAACAUUGAUGUUCAACGAAUUGAUGUGAAAUCAGAAGAGGAUCCAGAGUUGUACCAUUGGACAGUUGAUCGUCGCUACCAUGACUUCUACACUUUGGAGUCAAAACUGACUGAAUUUCAUGGGGAAUUUCCUGAUACUCAGUUGCCUCCCAAGCGCAUUUUCUUUGGUCCACGUGGCACUGAAUUUAUGGAAUCUAAACGGCAGGUAUUUGAAGAAUUUCUGCAGCGUCUUCUUCAGAAGCCUACACUGCGAGGAAGUGAUCUAUUGCAUUCAUUCCUACGCUCCUCAGGGGAGUUUGUUCCAGCAGGCCCUGGAGGCAUUGCAGGAGCCAUGCCUGAGGGUUUGGGCCGCAUGAUCCGACGUUCAGUCCCGUUACGGCUCCGCAAAGAGAGGGGACAACAUCUUGAUACAUUCCUGAAUGCAUUUAUAGCCUCAACUGAGGGCAGCAAAACAAAGCCCAGCAAGUAUGAGUGGAAAGAUAUGAGUGUAGAGACCCCAAGAAAAGUCCGCUGUCUUACCAAGACAGUAUUCCAGAAUAACUUUGCUGUAGCAAGCAGUCAACCUCUGUUUGCUCUGUCUACCACCAGAUCACCUUCCAAUAGUAGUCUGCCUGUUCAGGGGGUGUUUGAUUGCCUCCUGUACCUUGCUGUGCGAUUGUUUGGAGCACCACAGGCUGCUGUGAGGGUGGCCAUGGCAAUCCGCGCAGUGGCACACAAUACUGUGAAUGCACUCUGCAGUUUCUAUUUGGAUCGCAAACUAAGGAAACUUCUCAUUGCUCCAAGACUUGCUCAUCUUGUGAGACUGCUUCAAGGUGCAGUUUUCCAGCCCAAAGGAUCAACACCAUCACCGGCAGAGCUGGAGGUACGAGCUGCUCGAGCCCUAGCCCAGCUACAGACGUUGGUUCCUAAUUAUAUUGCUCGCUGGGCUGGCCCAGCAUAUCAAGCAGGCCUACUCACUCUUUUCAGUGCACUACAAUCUCCCGCACUGAACAAGCAGUUGGUUUACACACUAUUGGAUGUUGUGGCAGCAGAAUUAUAUCCAGACUUGGCAACCAGUGAAAUAUCACCACAAUAACUAUAGCAUCACCACCAACAACAACAAUAACAACAACAAAAAACUCAACAGUAGUAGCAGUAGUAGUAAUAGUUGUAACAGUACUGGUGAUGAUGAUAAGAAUAAUAAUAAAUUUAAAAUGUGUCACUACAACUUGUAAUAUGCCCUGCUGAAAAAUUUAUUGUUGCUUAAAGUAGCUGUAUGAUCUCAUGGCUGCAUUUAUUAUUGUUAUUAUUUAGUUAUAUAUAUUUGUUGUGUAAUAAAUAAAUUCUCCUUCACUUCUUU